AUGGGGCGUCUCCGGAAUGGGCGGACGCGGUGUCUCGACGCGUGCGGCGUCAGCACGCGCGCGCUCGUCGCCGUGACGGUCCUCGCGCUCGGCGUCGUGUCAACUGCGACCGGGACGGAAUCUGCGUCAAUUCUCUCGAGCGCGCGCGAUGACGACGGCGACUCUGGAGAGGGAAGGGACUCCACGCUCUCGUCAUGGCUCGCAAAGUUCACGUUCGACGUUCCGACGCAGACGUUCAGGGUGCCUUACGCUGGAAUAGAAGUCGAACUGAGCGCCUUUCGGUGCUCAAACGUGUCGGUGGGCGCGCUGACAAGCGACGUGGAUUCAUUGGACCGCUCGUUCGGGGCCGUGGCGAACGACGAUCAACGCGAACUCACGGCGUAUGUGAAAGACUUAAGAUUUAUGUGUGACCUCAGGUGGUCGGUCACGGACAGAUUCCGGAACCGCGCGAUCGGAGACGCAAAGACGGAGGUGGCGGGCUCAGACGCGCAGUUCUCCCUCGGGUUGGACGUAGAUCCCAAUGGCUCGCCACCGCUUCCCAGAGAAAUCAAAUUAACAAACUGCCGGGCGCACAUCACAGCAACUGAUUUAUCAUUCAAUGGUGGACGUUUUGCCACGGUUUUGAACGCUGCAUCACCCGCGAUCAGAGUAGAGCUGAGUAGAACAUUGAGCGCGCUCGCGUGCUCUGGCUUCGCGAGCGCUUUAGAAAACUUUAGCGGAACGGCGAGUGGUCAGAGAUGGGAGGACGGUCAGCUCGCACGCGAUGAACGAGCGAUGGCAAGCUUAUUUCGACCCGCCGAACCUGCGUCGUUUCCGAGGUACAACGCGACGGCUGGUGUCUCAAAUCUGAGCACAAGUCCACUCGUGCGCUGGCUCGAGUACAUGUCGGAGGCAUACAUCGGCGCGCAAGGUCCACGAUCGGUGAGCGCGUUCGCGCGUUGGAUUGAGGAUCAAAACGAGCGGAACGAUGAAAAUAAUGUCAACGUCGUUCGAGUACCCCCGGUGUGGUUGUUCGAUUCUCAGACGCACUUGCCGAAGAUGAGCUUGAUGUUGUCCAAGGAAGUUUUGCGAGAAAUUUCAUCAACUGUGGAGGGGGCGGCGUUCGUUGUGUACGAUAUGAAAGUUGUAGGAUUAGAAACUGCGACGACGCUCCGGGGACCUUCUGUUGUCAAGUCUCCUGCUACGUUGAACUCCAGUGACGUCGAUACGGAGCUUCAAUUUACGAUUGGCUGGAAGCGCGUUUUCUUCAACAUUUCGGGUGUGCUGGACAUUCUUCCGACAAGCAUCAAACUUGAUCCAUGGAUUGAACCUUUGAUAGUCAGUCUUGAACUUCACAAUCCGGAGUUCACGGUGGGACUGGGACUUGCUAUCGACGAAAUGCAACUGCGACAGUUAAAGGGCACGCGUCAGGCGAAUGUGGCUUGCUUGGCGCAAACGAUUAUUUCGGCUCGUGUUUUGUCGCUCGAUUGGAGCGGUCAGAUGGGUCCUGUCAUGGUAAACCCGUGGCGUCUGAACGAACCCGUGGACGAAAGUGAUGACACGCUCGAGGCCAGUUUAGAUGCUCUCAUUACGCGCGCGUCGCUUCUCAUCACGGAAAAACUGGAAGAGGCAGUUCACCGUGCCCUAUCGCACCAACUUGGCUCGACGACGCGAAAUGCGCUCAAUGAAGAGCUACAUCGACGACUCGAUUACAUGAGAUCUUCCAAGUGUCAAAAAAAUACCGGAUCGGCACGUAGUGCGUCUUCAUUCAAGCGAGUGGUCUCUAUGGCGCUUCUGUACGCCGCAUUAUUCUGUGCUGGUAUGUUCGUGACCGUCCUGUUUGGGUACUUCACGCUUGUCGUCACUUUUCGAAGGAUGGGACGGCGCUGCUUCUACGCCAUUAUGAGACGGAUCAUUUCGAUAUCUGCGCAUGAAGAAGACGAGUGGGUCAUCGAAAAUGAUCAAGAUUUCGCGCUUGAAGAUACAGAUAGCCGCGACGACGAUAAUGAUCUCUCAUACGUUCGCCAAUUUCACUCGAGAAGAAAUUACUCAAGGGCGUCUUUCCACUCUGGGCGUCGCGCUGAGGCGACCGUAGACGACACAAGCAUAAUCACAGAGAGUCUUCUUGGAGAGGCCGAGAUUGAUGAAGAAGGAAAUAUUGAUAUAGAUGAAAAGUCGUUAAUACACCGGCCGGUGGCGCUAUGCGAUUCUUUGGUUGUUCCGAGGAGUGCGAAGUACGGCUUGCCAAUUUUAUAUGCGAUGACAUUCCUCCUCUUCUUGUCGUCAAAUCUUAGCGUAGGAGCCACGCUGUCUGUGCGAGCUAUUAAGCGAGAUGUGCAGUUCCCAGAAGACAACGCAGAUAUUCUCUUACCGGAAGUGAUUGUAUUUUCUCUUGGUAACACUGUUGCGAACAUGUGGCGAGCUGGUGUGUAUACUCUUUCGGUACUCAUACUGCUUUUCUCGGGCGUAUGGCCGUAUGUAAAACUCGUCACGAUGUGGGUCUCAUGGUCAGUCCCUAUCCUCGACUCUCGUACGCGAGGACGGACACUGAAACUUUUGGACGACUUUGGGAAGUGGUCGCUGCUUGACGCCUUCGUUAUGAUGCUCUUCAUGGUGUUGUUUCACUUUGAGAUAACAACGUCUCCUGACGUCACAGGCUUUGGAGCGCUCACUAUUUCAGUACGACCGCAGCGGGGUUUUUUCGUUUUCCUCGCCUCGACAGUGUUAUCCAUGAUUCUUGGUCAUGUCACGACGGGGUAUCACCGCCUCAACGAACGCUGUAGUGGUACCGGCGAUGAAUAUCCUGUUGAGCAUAUGCAGGAAACUGCGUGGCACAGAAUGCAAAUGAGCGCAACAAAAAAAUGGCUCUUGAGCAUGGCGGUGACGGCGAUGAUGGUGGGAACCUCGGUUGCAUUGAUCGUUGGGUUCAAAUCAGUCGCAAUGCGCUUCACCAUGCUCGGUAUCGCUGGCGCCGCGCUCGGUCCGGAUGAUUCGACGCGCUCAAUGUCGUUACGCUCUGUUGCUGUUCAGGUCCGUAAUUCGUCUCCCGAAUUACACCCGUCUCUAUCGCGACUCAUUGAAUGGACUAUGUUGAUUUACGCCUUCAUCGUCCCGCUGCUCAGAAUUUCCACUGUGACAAUGAUUUGGACCAUGCGGCUACACCCGAGAGAUCGUCGGUCUCUCUGGUGGUGUAAAGACGUCCUUGACGCCUGGAGCGCGCUGGAUGUCAUGCUCUUCUCCUUUGUGGCAGCAAUUUCACAAAUAAGGGAAUUUCUCGCGUUCAUGCUCGGCGGUAACUGCGAUGCGCUGAAUGACACGCUGCAACAACUCGUUGCGGGUCCCCUGUCUCACACGCAUGACUUAUGUUUUGACGUCGAUUCAUCUCUUGGAGCCGGAUGUUGGCUCUUGGCUGCUUGCGUGGUGGGAAGCUGGGCGUCCUCGCGGGCCGUCGAGUUUUUGCGCGACGAUCAGCUCGUCGAGGACUACGACGAGAACGACAACGACAACAGUUCCGAGCACGACACCGUCGAUGACGAUGCGUAUUCUCGCGACGCGUUCGCAACGCCUUUGUAA